CGCUACUUUUCAGAAAAUACCUUCUGGAAAGUGAAACCGUGCUCCCUCCUCCGUCCUCCGAGCCUCCGUUCAGUAAACAUCAUCGGAGGUUUCAGAAAUUAGGACCGACAUUGCAGCAAAAGGAGGCUUUCAUCGCCUCGUAAAUCUUCUUUACUUUUGUCUUGCUGUGGCUGUUACCACCCUGCAUUUAGUUGCCGUCUUCUUCCUCGAGAAAUCAGUCUGUCCUUUCUGAUCCCUGACCGUAAGUAGUUCUCCUCUAUUUCUCCAUCUGCUCCUUUCCCUGGUUCUUACAUCUCGUUACAAAAUCUCGAGUAGAACUGUGAAAUAGUCAGACUAAUCAACGGCGAAUUGGGAGUCUACACAACUCUUUCAUAGCGAGACCACGAAUGGUUAGCCCAAUCUAAGGAUUUGCAUGCAGGGUUGAUUAUAUUCACAGUUCAAGGAUCCUCUCACUUAGUAGAAGCUCAAACAAAGCCAAGAGGGAGCGAGACCGAGGAAUUCUAGAAAUAAAUGUCUCAAGGAAAUCAUGGGGUUGAGAUUCCCAGAGUGAAACUGGGUACCCAAGGUCUAGAGGUGUCGAAGUUGGGGUUUGGAUGCAUGGGGCUAACAGGGAUGUACAAUGCUCCAGUGCCAGAAGAUCUGGGUAUUUCAAUCAUCAAGGAAGCAUUUAACAAUGGGAUAACUUUCUUUGACACCUCUGAUGCUUAUGGCCCUUACACCAAUGAAACUCUGCUUGGCAAGGUACUGAAGCAAUUGCCAAGAGAGAAAGUCCAGGUGGCUACAAAGUUUGGGAUCACCUUUGAUAACUUCAAUCCCAAAGAAGUUAAGAUUAGAGGCGAUCCUGCUUAUGUUCGUGCCUGUUGCGAGGCUAGCUUGAAGCGUCUCGAUUUGGAUUACAUCGAUCUUUACUAUCAGCACCGGGUUGACACUUCGGUUCCCAUAGAGGAAACGAUUGGAGAGCUUAAGAAGCUAGUUGAAGAAGGCAAAAUCAAGCACAUUGGACUAUCUGAAGCCAGUUCCGACACAAUCAAGCGAGCUCAUGCUGUUCAUCCCAUCACUGCAGUGCAAAUGGAAUGGUCAAUUUGGACUCGUGAUAUUGAGCCAGAAAUUGUCCCUCUUUGUAGGAAACUUGGGAUUGCGAUAGUUGCAUACAGUCCAAUUGGGCGUGGCUUCUUUGGAGGGAAAGGAAUCACUGAGAGCUUGCCCUCAGAGACUGUCUUGAGGAUGCAUCCAAGGUUCAUUGAAGAAAGUAAAGAGAAGAACAGAGUGCUCUACACCCGAGUCGAGAAGCUAGCAAAUAAACAUGGCUGCACUCCUGCUCAGCUUGCUCUUGCAUGGGUCUUGCAUCAAGGAGAUGACGUGGUGCCCAUCCCUGGGACAACCAAGCUGAAGAAUCUGGAGAGCAACAUGGAAUCGCUGAGAGUGAAGCUGACAAAGGAAGGUGUGGAGGAGAUUAGUGCGGCGGUCCCUGUGGAUGAUGUUGCUGGAGUCAGAUCUGCUAGUUAUCAGCUCACAUGGAAGUUUGCUGAUACACCAUUGCCAAGCAAGAACUAAUUAAUUAGCUGACUUAUCCGCUCAUAUAUGUUCUCUGCAGAUAUUGAUAUGUAAUUCGCAUUAUUAUAAACAUAAAAGCUCAAUACAAAAUGUUGUAAGCAGUUUGUGUCUGAUGUUGGUCCAUGGAAUAGUGGUUUAAUAAUAAGAAUAAACUAGUUUUGUGUCCAGCCUGUAUGGGAAGAGUGAUUGAAGGUUUGUAGUUGCAGAGAGGGUAGCUAUGUUGUUCUUUUAAAACUUAAUGAUAAACUGGUGAGUUCUUGGAAACAAG